CCCCUUUCUCUCUCUAUCUCCAACCAUUUCUCCGAUCAAUUUGUCUCUCUCCCAUCCACACCACUGUAUAAACAGAGAUUGAUUAGGAAAUACAGAGAAACCCAAGUUUCCAAUCAUGGCCGCUCGCACUAUUACACUCUUCUUCCUCUUCAUCAUCAUCACCAUCAUCGUACCUAUUCAUUCACGUCUCUUCGAUCCAGAACCCGACGACCCAGAACGAGACUGCGCUGAUCGUUGGAUCCACAUCCGUAAUCUCCCUCACCAAUUCAAUCUAGACCUCAUCACCAACUGUUCCCAAUACCCUCUAUUCGAUAAUUUCUGUCCUUACGUUCUCAAUCACGGCCUCGGUCAAAAAACUCAUAAUCGCUCUCAUUCAUGGUAUCGCACCGAUCCAUUGAUGCUUGAAAUCAUUUUCCAUCGUCGUAUGCUUGAAUACCCUUGUCUUACUGAUAACCCCACAUCCGCAUCCGCCAUCUAUUUACCCUAUUACGCUGGAAUCGAUUCCCUCAGAUAUCUAUACGGUCCUGACGUUAAUUCCAGCUUCGAACAUGGUCUCCAUCUCUAUAAAUUCCUAACCCAGAUUGAUUCACCUGAAAUCUGGAAUCGGAGAAAAGGACAUGAUCAUUUCCUUGUUAUGGCUCGUCAAGCUUGGGAUUUCACUCAGCCGUUGACCAACGAUCCCCCAAUUUGGGGAACAUCUUUUCUAGAAUUACCUGAAUUCUUCAAUCUAACUGCUUUAACACUUGAAUCCAGAGCUUGGCCGUGGCAAGAACAAGCUGUGCCGUACCCGACUUCGUUUCAUCCACCGAACGUCGCUCUUCUCGAAUCGUGGCUGAAUCGUGUCCGCCGUUCGCGCCGGACGACUCUUAUGCUCUUCGUUGGCGGCGGUGGAAUCUCGUCUUCUCCUAAUAUAAGACGGAGUAUAAGACUUGAAUGUGAUAGUUGUCAAAAUCUAACUGCUAACAGUUUUGGGUAUUCGAAACUAUGCGAAUUUGUUGAUUGUUCUAACGGCGUAUGUGAGCACGAUCCGAUUCGAUUCAUGAAACCCAUGUUGCAAUCGAGUUUUUGUUUGCAGCCUCCGGGAGAUACGCCGACGAGAAGAUCGACAUUUGAUGGAAUCUUAUCUGGGUGUAUACCGGUGUUCUUUGAGGAACAAUCGGCAAAGGGUCAAUACAAUUGGCACUUGCCGGUGGAGAAAUACGGUGAGUUUUCAGUUUUUAUAUCGAAGGAGGAUGUGGUUUUCAAGGGGAAGACGAUUUUGGAAAUUUUGUCGGCGAUUCCUAGAGAUGAAGUUCGGAGAAUGAGAGAAAAGAUUGUGGAAUUGAUUCCUAAUGUGAUGUAUAGGAAACAUGGAAGUUCAUUUGGAUUGAGAUCGAAGAAUUCUGAUGCUUUUGAUAUUGCCAUUGAUGGAACUUUGCAGAGGAUUAAAUCCAGGCUUCAAGAUGUUUCAUUGGAGUGAUCAUUUUUCCACGAUUCCAUUUCUUAUGCAUAUGAUUCAAUUUUUAGUUAGUUUAGUUUAGGUUAGAAGAUGAUGAAGAAGAAGAAGCAAAUUAAUCUUGUACCAGUAUUUUUUUUUUGUUUGUUAAGAUAAUGAAAUUCAGAAUGUUCUAUUUCA